AUGAGGGCUGGUCCUCCAUUAUCAAAUUCGAGCCAUUAUUCUUCCGGACCCAAUCAUUCACGCCAAAAUUCCUUUGUUCCUCUUGGCCAACUCCGAAAGGUCGUGUUGCCCAAGUCUGCGCUCUCCCGGUUCCUCUCGAUUGCAGCUCUGAACACCACACAAAAGCGGGAGACUUGUGGCUUACUUCUUGGUAGAUUCCGCGCGCCAGUAUUCGAGAUAUCCACACUCUUGAUACCCAAGCAAAUAGGCACAGAGGACACUUGUACUAUGGUGAAUGAAGAGCUUGUAGCUGAAGUUCAGGAAAAACGGGGUCUAAUAACCAUUGGUUGGAUUCACACCCACCCGACUCAAUCCUGUUUCAUGUCCUCACUGGAUCUUCACACUCAUAGUGGCUACCAGAGCUCUUUGCCUGAAGCCGUGGCAAUUGUCUGUGCCCCAAAUCAUACACCGAAUUUUGGCAUCUUCCGCCUUACUGAUCCUCCUGGGCUUGGUAUUGUACGCUCAUGUGCCCAGAAAUCAUCUUUUCACCCUCAUUCUGAUUCACAACCUAUAUAUACGGACGCCGAUAGUGACCAUGUCCAAAUGAUUGAGGAAGCUGAUUUAGAAAUAAUUGAUAUCCGUUAA